GGAUUUCCAAUUCAUUCCACCUGCACAAGCUGCUCCCUUCAUUCUCAUUUGAAAAGUUAUCAAUUCAUUUUGGCAAAGAUUUCCACGUUCUUCAAUUUUUGAGUAGUUCGGAAUGGAUUCGAAGUUUGCCUCAGCCAAGAAAGAGGUUCUAGUUGAAAUGGUGAAGUUAGCUCAAAAGUGACAGUUGAAAGGAAGUAAAGGAGGGUGGAAAGAUUUUUUGGGAUCAUAUGACAAGUUUGGGACUAGCUUGAAUGAUCCAUCGAAGAGGUCCACUGAUGUACUGCUUGCUUUCUUGAAGACAUUUAGCCGAGAGGAUGACUUAAAGGUGUUUCAAUGUCAUUCGAAUCGAGAUUCUGUUGAGCAGCUCCGGAAAAGUUCCCUACACAGUGAAUCCGCCAAACAGGUGAACAAUAUUGUAUUUUGGCUUUUGCAGAGGCUGAGCCAGAAUUAAUAGUUACUAGGUUCGCAAUUAAAUAUCUAUGCAUAUUUGAUGAAUUUUCUGAUACAUUUAAACAAAAGUUACUCUAUUCGUUCGAACCGGUAACUAAUACUCUCCCUCGGCCCCUGGGCUUUUGGGUAGGCGUGUUAAAUAGGCGGAUUGAGCUGAGUUUUUGCAGGUCACUAACCUGCCCAAAGGUUACUCGGGUGAAAAUGGAUAGGGUCAAAAGGGGUUAAACAAUGAGCUAUAACUGGACCAGCUCAACUCUUGCCAAGUUUUAAUAUCUUUAUUUGUCUUCUUAUAAUUUUUUUAAUUAUCUAAUAAUUAUUUUCAUUGGCUAUAUAUAACAUAUCAAACAAAAAAAAAAGUUUCUUGUGGAUCAAUCUCAGCUACAUAUCCGGCGAGCUUUUAGAUGGGUUGAAUUAGACGGGUCAAUGGAUCAGAGGGGUCAUGUUUUUAUGGGCUAAUUUCUCACUUCUACUUUUGGGUAUUCCGAAUCAUAACUGCAACAUUAGGUUUAAUUUGUUGUAAGAUAGCUAGGAAAUCUACUUAUGUGGGUUGAAAGUAGCUAAUUCAUUUUCAGUAAGCUGCUAAUAGGUCUUAUAACCUCUUCUGUUAAUAUUAAAUUGCAGUUAUAACUUGUUAGAAAUAUAGUUAAUCACCUUUUUCUUCAAGUUUUAAACACCCCCAAAGGGAUGGUCUAGUAGUUGAGACAUAGUCAGUAAAUGUCUAGCAAGUAACAACCCGGAGAUCCCAAGCUCGAAAACCAGCUAAGACAGUUGGUACAACCGAUAUAAAAAAAAAUGGAGUCGAUAUUCUGACUUUUCAUAUAGCAAAUAGGAGUCGAUAUUCAUGAUCACUCAUAUCAAUCACUUUGAUGCUUAAUAAGUUGACAUUGUGGCAGUGCAGAGACUGGUUUAUUUAACUUUUGAGCACCAUCAAUAUCCCGCAGAUUACUCAUUUUCAUCACAUGAAGAGGUUCGUUACUGGCUUUAGUCUUCUCUUAUUGUCUAUUAAGAAGUUUAAUCUCUAGAAAACAUGUCCUAAAUUUGGUGUUCUGCCACAAAUUUACAAGAUGUAUAGUGUCACAAGCUUCAGCCUCUUUGUGUAGAAAUGAAGAGUUUUUUUCACAAAAAAUUUGCAUGGUUUCCUUGUAUAAAUGCAUGUCAUGAUCCCCUGCGGGAAAUUUUUGGUGCAUUUUAGUUUAGCUUUAGUGGUUAUAGUCCAUCCAGGAAUAAAUUAUGUGGCACUGGAAUCUUUCAUUUGUAUAAUUGGAAGUUCUACCGUAAAACUAAACCUCUCUUGCUACAAUAUACAUCCAUGGGUACAGGGGUGGUUUGUCACUGGAAGGAGUGAAAAGUCUAAUUUCAUUCACUCAAAGGCAAUGGUUGCAGUUGAUUGCGAAAUGGUUCUUUGUCAAGAUCAUACUGAAGCUUUAGUCAGAAUCUGUGCAGUGGACCGUAAUUUAGAGGUUAAACUCGAUGAAUUUGUGAAUCCUGACAAACCAAUUGCAGAUUACAGAACUGAGAUUACUGGAAUAACUGCUGAAGAUUUAGAUGGAGUUACUUGCUCAUUGGUUGAUGUACAGAUGUCCAUGAAGAAGCUAUUAUCACAUGGAACAAUAUUGAUCGGUCACAGUUUACACCAUGACCUUUGUGCUUUGAAGCUAGAUCAUGCUAGAGUGAUUGAUAUAUCAUAUGUCUUCAAAUAUCGGGAUCAGCCUUCUUAUAGAAGGCCUUCUUUAAAUAGCCUGUCUAAGUCUGUUUUAGGUUUUGAACUUCGAAAAAAGGACUCUCCACAUAAUUGUUUAGAUGAUGCAUGUACUGCGAUGAAACUUGUUCUUGCCAUAGUCGAACUUGGAGCUGAUAAUAUUAUACCCUUGGUUCAUGAGGAGGUGCAAGAGUCCGAGAUGGCAAAGCUGCUUGUCCAUAGGAUACCAGUGGCUGUUUCUAGCCAAGAUCUGCACAAAUUUAUUCCUGGAGACUACACCGUAGAAAUUAACGCUAAUAAAAAAGCGCAAGCAGACAAGUAUUCUGCCUUUGCCAAUUUCAAAAAUCAGCAAGAGGCAAAUGAGGCAUUUGAUAAGCUUGAAGGCAACCUAGAGAAGGACACUGGCGGACGAUUUCAGAAGCUCGUUUCGUUUCAUCUUGAUUCCAGUAUAUCAGGAGUUCUGUCUGUUGUUAAGAUGACUGCCAAUAAUUAUUCCAGAGAGUUUCCUGUCCCAAUGAAGAGGUUAUUAGAAGACGACAAGGGUGUGGGAGAGCCAAAGAAACUCUGGACAGAAAAUCAUUGUACAGAGUUGAAGGAGGCUACUAGUGCAGGUUGUAAUCAUUGUGAAACUCACUUGAAGGAGAUUGAGGGACUGAAGAAAGAACUAAGCCGAAGAGACGAAAAGAUCUCCAACUUGAACAAACUCAUUGUUAACCUUGAGAAAACAAGGAUUGAAAAGGUUAGAGAUUAGGAAAUUGUUAAUAUGGCAAGAACAUCUUCCUCGUAUAUAUGGUAAAGGCUUACAAUCCCGAUAAUUUUGUAAAUACAAACAGGAGUUGUCGGGAAUUACUUUCCUUUCUUUUUUAAGAUUAGUUGCAUCCUUUCCUUUUUGGAAUUACUUGUAAGCACUAUAUAAACCCGACAUGUUUGAGGGAAUAAUCAAGCAAUUCAUACCUGA